AUGGACAAUGAGAAGGCUUUGGGACAUUCCGUGAGCCGUUCCAGUAACAUCUCAAAGGCUGGCAGUCCAACCUCCGUUUCUGCUCCUCAUAGCUUCUCUCGAACCUCUGUUAUGCCAUCCAAUCAGGACAUCUGCAGUUCCAGUGCAGUAUUUUCUGAAUGUUGUCAUCACAGUCCAGUGCAGUCUGCUGUUGUCUUGAAAAAUCCUCACUGCCAGAAUUCUCUGACACAGGGGGUCACAGUGACAGUAAUCUGUCAGGACACGUUACAGGCAUCAAAGAGAAACUCCCAUGGGCAGGAUUGGGUCCAUGCGCUCGAGUCUGCUAAAAAUGCAAAAGCCGCCCGAGCUCUUAAAUUCUCCAAGUCCCUCAACGACGUGGACCAGAAGGCACAGAGCACCACAGAGAGCUCUAACUAUGGGGAGCGAACGUGCUCUGAAGGCAAACUGACCCCGACACAGGAGCAGUGUUUAAGGAUUAACAGAUUUAAUCAGAAAGAGAAGAAAUCACUCAAUCUCAGGCCUUCUUUUAGCAAUUCUAAACACUCUUACAUGCCGUCUCUUUCCCCCACCUACUCGAGCGCUUCGGGAGCAACCGAGAACCACCAUGCGGUGCAUAUACCUCUCCUGGAUGACAAGGUGGACAAUGAGACGUCAGCAAGAAGCAAAAAGCUGCUGCGCUACCUCUUUUCCUUCUCCCACAGCUCAAGUGCCAGCAGCGUGCAUAAGUUCCAUGAACUAGAGAGCUAUCCAAGCCACUUCCAAACUGCAAAAUCCUCCAGCGUGCUGGUGGAAAGCACAGGCUUCUGCUCUGAUGACAUGGGGGAUGGUGACGUAUUCGAGGACAGUGCCUCCGUAAGGUUGAAAUCAAAGGAGCUGCGGGCACCACUCUGUUCAGCUGAGAAAGACAGUGACCUAGACUGCCCUUCUCCCCUAUCAGAAAAAUUCCCCCCUCUUUCCCCUGUGUCCACGUCGGGGGAUGCCUGCAGGAUAUGUCACCGUGAAGGAGAUGAGGAAAGCCCCUUGAUUACCCCCUGUCACUGCACAGGAAGUCUUCAUUUUGUGCACCAAGCCUGCCUGCAGCAGUGGAUCAAGAGCUCAGACACCCGAUGUUCUGAACUCUGCAAGUAUGAGUUCAUCAUGGAGACCAAAUUAAAGCCCCUACGAAAGUGGGAGAAGUUGCAGAUGACGGCCAGUGAGAGGAGGAAGAUCAUGUGUUCUGUAACAUUCCAUAUCAUUGCCAUCACCUGCGUCGUGUGGUCUCUGUAUGUCCUUAUAGACAGGACUGCUGAAGAGAUUAAACAGGGACAGACUACUGGGAUUCUAGAGUGGCCAUUUUGGACUAAGCUGGUAGUUGUGGCUAUUGGCUUCACUGGAGGACUUCUAUUCAUGUAUGUCCAGUGCAAAGUGUAUGUACAGCUGUGGAAGAGACUUAAGGCUUAUAACCGAGUAAUAUAUGUACAGAACUGUCCAGAAACUAGCAAAAAGAGUAUCUUUGAAAAACCUGCAUUAAUGGAGCCAAACAUUGAAAAUAAAGAAAUGUUUGGGGUCCACCAUUCAGAUACAAACUCUUCACAUUACACAGAGCCUGAAGACUGUGGUGCAGAAAUCCUUCAUGUCUGAUCUUUGGGGGCCAGGGAACGGUGAAGAUUCUGUAUGUUCCUGAGGAUAAAAAGCAUCAUUGUUUACUGCAAACUGCUCUACCUUUUUAAAAUCAGCUAACAGCCUAGCACUGGUGGAUUACUUUAAAAAAAAAAAAAAAAAGCAUUUGUUUUACCCCCCCUGACAUAUCUGUCAUAUGUUAUCAUGGUUCCAUACCUCUCGAUGUUUCGUCUCUCAGACUGGCCUGUACAAAGAGACACCGGAGGCUUCACUGGAUGAGGCAAGGCGUCAGAGUAUGGCAAGUCUGGUGUGAACCAUCAUCAACUUCAUGGAGUCUGCUUCUUUUUAAAAGACAGCUCGCUCUAAACUAUCCCAAAAUGCAUGUGGGGUAAUGUAAGCCUUGAUGAGAAGAUGGCUUCAGACAUUGAGGAACAGCUGAGAGAGAGGAACGAGAGACCUAGAAUGUAAUCUACCGCUAACACUGCCACUAACAUUUCUCGUAGGCAGCGGCUAUAAGAUUAUGCUUUACAUAUUGUGAUAAAGGACUCACAAAGCAUAUAGCACUUUUUAAAGUCUUUAUUUUGUAGUAUAUAUGUCCAAUGAGAAUGAAACUUGAAAGAAUGUCUCAUUUCAAAAUACCCCUUUUUAAUACUCUCUCUUGAUCCACUUACAUCCUGCUAGGUCCUAAACCUCUUGCCUUACAAAAAUCUAAUGUGGUUUCCAACGCAUACCCACAGCAUAACACUAAAAACUCUGCUUCUUGGGGGUUUUCUCUCAGGAGAAAAUUUUUCAAAGAAUAUUGCACUUGUGACUUGUAAAUGGAGAGUAGUGGGUGUAAAAUGUUUGUUUUAAUAUGUAAUGGUUUGUUGUUCUGUUCUGGGGUUAUGUUUUUUUUUUGUUUGUUUUAAAUCAACUAUAUAGUUGAUAGACCUGCACAUAUCGCUGAUGUAACUAUCAUUCCAGCCACUGGCGAAGGGGCUUGGACACUGUAUUGGUAUAAUGUGAGCUCUUUAGAAAAAAAAAUACAGCUGAAAAUGGUCUGCCUUCUUUAAUGCUGUGUUCUGUGUGACUCCCAAGAAUUUGACAACACGAAGAAGGGUUGUUGGAAACAACUAAUAAGGAGUAAAUAUUGCAUAGGGUCUCCUAUUUCUACAUAGCUGAGGUUGAAACCGUCUUCUUGUUUUAGCCUAAAUUUUGAUAUAUUCCUUGGUCGGAGUGAUUUUGAUUAGUUUGUUUUAAACCCGUGAAUGGCUGAUGAUAUGAACUGUUUGAUGGGAAGAGAAACAUGUAUGGAGUCAGGAUGAAGAGUGCUGGGUAGAGUUGUCCAAAUGUUUAAAAGUACAUGAGCUUUCUUAGGGAAUCAUUCUUUCAACUAGAGUAAGGUGAAGGUUGUCUCAAUCCCAGACCUCAUUAAACCAGACCGUAGUGUCAGCA